AUGUUGGAAAAUCAAAUGGCCCAAAUAGCUAGUGCCCUUAAAGGCAAGUCUAGUACCUCAUUGCCUAGCCAAGGUCUAGAUCCUAGAGAGCAAGCCCAUGCCAUUGUGACUAGAAGUGGAAAAAGCUUGGGAGAAAUCCAAGGGAAGGGAAUGCAACAUGACUUAGAAGGUGAGAAGUCAAAAGAAAGAGUGAUUGAAAUGAGUGAUUCCCAUGGAGAGUUUGCCGGGUCUAGACUUGAUGAACAAUUUGCUAAGUUUUUGGAAGUCUUGAGGAAGCUUUAUGUUAACAUUCCAUUCACCGAUGCUAUAAAACAAAUGCCAACUUAUGCUAAAUUUCUUAAAGACAUUUUGAGUAAUAAAAGAGAAUUUGACUUUGUGGAAACGAUUAAUAUGCCGAAUUGUAGUGCAAUUAUUCAAAAUAAGUUUCCCACUAAGCUUAAAGUUCCCGGUAGUUUUUCUAUUCCAUGUGCUAUUGGUGAAAUGGUAAUUGAUCGUGCUUUAUGUGAUCUUGGUGCUAGCAUAAGCUUGAUUCCCCUUUCUAUCUGCAAAAGACUUGGCCUAGGAGAGUUAAAGCCCACUAACAUUUCCCUUCAAUUAGCCGAUCGUUCGGUUAAGAUGCCUUUGGGAAAAUUAGAGGAUGUCCCCCUUAGGGUGGGCAAACUUUACAUUCCGGUGGACUUUAUUGUGCUUGAUAUGGAUGAGGACUUGAAUGUCCCCAUAAUUCUAGGUAGGCCUUUCUUAGCCACGGCGGGGGCUAUUAUUGAUGUGAAACAUGGUAAAUUGUCUUUGCUUGUUGGAAAAGAGAAAGUGGAAUUCAAAUUGAACCAAGUUAUGAAAUGUCCUUCCAACAUGGAUGAUUGUAUGAGUAUUGAUAUUGUUGAGAAUGUUAUUAAUGAAUCCAUACAAUUUCAUUUGCAUAACACUAAUGAUUCUUUUGAGUAUGAACUUGAAAGCAAAGAUAGGUCUUGCAAUGAAGACAUGGAGAUGGAGCCAAUUGAGGAGAUUCUUGACUCCACGCCCAUGGACAAGGAAGAAGCAAACCUAGUGAUUGGAGAAUAA